AUGAAGGUGGAACUUCUUCACUUGAUGAAGGUGGAACUUCUUCACUGGAACUUGGUGGGACCUCUUCACUGGAGCUUGGUGGAACUUCUUCACUGGAACUUGGUGGGACCUCUUCACUGGAGCUUGGUGGAACUUCCUCUGAUGAUGAAGGUGGAACUUCUUCACUGGAUGAUGGUGGAACCUCUUCACUGGAACUUGGUGGGACCUCUUCACUGGAGCUUGGUGGAACCUCUUCACUGGAACUUGGUGGGACCUCUUCACUGGAACUUGGUGGGACCUCUUCACUUGACGAAGGUGGAACUUCUUCACUGGAACUUGGUGGGACCUCUUCACUGGAGCUUGGUGGAACUGCCUCUGAUGAUGAAGGUGGAACUUCUUCACUUGAUGAAGGUGGAACCUCUUUCACUUGAUGAAGGUGGGACCUCUUCACUUGAUGAAGGUGGAACUUCUUCACUGGAACUUGGUGGGACCUCUUCACUGGAGCUUGGUGGAACUUCUUCUGAUGAUGAAGGUGGAACCUUCUUCACUGGAACAUGGUGGGACCUUCUUCACUGGGAGCAUGGUGGAACUUCCUCUGAUGAUGAAGGUGGAACCUCUUCACUGGAGGAUGGUGGAACUUCUUCACUGGAACUUGGUGGGGACCUUCUUCACUGGAACUUGGUGGGACCUCUUCACUGGAGCUUGGUGGGACCUCUUCACUUGAUGAAGGUGGGACCUCUUCACUUGAUGAAGGUGGGACCUCUUCACUUGAUGAAGGUGGAACCUCUUCACUUGAUGAAGGUGGAACCUCUUCACUGGAUGAAGGUGGAACUUCUUCACUGGAGCUUGGUGGAACUUCUUCACUUGAUGAAGGUGGAACCUCUUCACUGGAACUUGGUGGGACCUCUUCACUGGAGCUUGGUGGGACCUCUUCACUUGAUGAAGGUGGAACCUCUUCACUGGAACUUGGUGGGACCUCUUCACUGGAGCUUGGUGGGACCUCUUCACUUGACGAAGGUGGAACUUCUUCACUGGAACUUGGUGGGACCUCUUCACUGGAGCUUGGUGGAACUUCCUCUGAUGAUGAAGGUGGAACCUCUUCACUGGAUGAUGGUGGAACCUCUUCACUGGAACUUGGUGGGACCUCUUCACUGGAGCUUGGUGGAACUUCCUCUGAUGAUGAAGGUGGAACCUCUUCACGGGAUGAAGGUGGAACUUCUUCACUGGAGCUUGGUGGAACUUCUUCACUUGAUGAAGGUGGAACCUCUUCACUGGAACUUGGUGGGACCUCUUCACUGGAGCUUGGUGGGACCUCUUCACUGGAGCUUGGUGGAACUUCCUCUGAUGAUGAAGGUGGAACCUCUUCACUUGAUGAAGGUGGAACCUCUUCACUGGAUGAUGGUGGAACUUCUUCACUUGAUGAUGGUGGAACUUCACUGGAAGAAGUUGGUGGGGGACAAGGUACUGGCUUUCCGUACCAUGUCCAAUCACAACAUGCAGUAA